GCUGCUCCGUGAGACAAAGAAGGACGAAGGCUAACUACUUCCAGAAUCCCGAUUUUAAAGCAAUUUGGUGCGCCAUCCAUUUAUCACAAAUGGCUCCUUCUUUUGUGGUCGUUGAGUUCCUUGGUGAAAAUUCAGUCGCUGUUGUCCCAACCAAAUGGACAGAAGAUGAUGGAAAGAAUACCUUCUGCUGUUGGCCAAGGCCAAAUCCUACCCACUCCAGAAUCCGGAAAGCUGAGAUUCCUGACAAACAAUUCUGGGAGAGGCUGCCAAUUCGGGUUUUCAGGAAAACAUUGACUGAAGACUUUGACAAGGCCCUUCAAUACGAAAAACAAGCUGAAAUGUUUUCGAGCCCAGAAGAAGUGUUAACCAAACGGAGCCACAUCACCCCUGAACGUUAUAGAAACGAUGAGGAAGAUGUGUUUGAUGCUGACGCGAGUACCAGACCACUUCAGCCAGUACCAGCCAAUACCAGACCACUCCAAGGCAUCCAGGCAGACCUCACAGCCCAGCGAGAAGCAGCACUUCCAGGCUCAGUCCAGACAGGAAUGCAUCCAGCUCAAGCCAGUACCAGACCGCUCAAGCCAGUACCAGACCACUCAGCCAGUACGAGUCAGUACCAGGCCGCUCCAAGAAGCAGCAGGAAUGCCCUUGACAGUGAACUUUUCCAGUUGAACAUGAAAGUUCAAAAUAUACUUGAGAACCAGGGAGAAAUUAUGCGCAUGCUGAGAGGGCUGGCAGCACAGUCUGUGGGGCCAGAAUCUGUGGAUGUUCAAGAUCUCAUUGAUCAGCCUUUCGAGACUCUUGAGUAGCUGAAGGCCUUCUGUGAACGGCUCGACACUGAUCUUCUGCUCAGAAAGCAGCUGGUAAAAGCUCUUACUGCUCUUGGUGGGCAGAAUUUGGCAGACACGGUGAGGACAAUGCUGAGGAAAAUUGCCACAAACAAAGUCCUGGAGCAGCUUUGCCUCCGUGGAAAGACAGGAAAAGUGGCGUUUGAGGACUUGCCCCUUUACAGAAUAAUAAAUAAGGCAUGCAGGGGUGUUUACAAGCAGACGACCACAGCUGAAGUGGAUUGUGAGCUUGGAGAGGUCCUGAAACUGGUCACUUUUCGAAAGAGAGGUUCAAAAUUUGAGGAGAAGAGGAGGAAUUAAGAGGGAGGACAAAAAAGGAAAAAGAAACAAGCAAAAGAACAGAGUGAGAUGAGAGGAUUUGGGUUUCCCUGCUUGGGCUGCUGCCCCCGCGACCCGACCUCGGAUAAGCGGAAGAAGAUGGCUGGAUGGAUUUACUUCCAGGAAGAGAACCAAGAAGGGGCAGGAUACACUGACGCGCACGACCAAGACCACUGCAUUCCAUUCCAUUUAUAAAUGAU